UUACGGAAUAAUCCAGAGACCCAUUUUAGGGUUUGUUGACUCAAUCUAUCAGUUCCAGAUAAUUUCUGAUAUAUAUCUGAGAGUCGUUGAUAAACCCAAUUGACAAUGGCUAUGAGAUCUGUCGUUUCCCGUUCUUCCCUGUGUCGUUUCAUGGAGGGCUCUCGAACCUCAACACCUUCGAGUCUUCGCUACUUCAGUGAUGGCAAAGGUAGGGUCUUUAGUGAAGAAGAACGCGCUGCUGAGACCAUCUACAUCCAGAAAAUGGAGAGGGAGAGGCUGGAGAAGCAGAAGCUGAAAGCGGAGAAAGAGAAAGCACAGAAAGAGAAAUCUGAGAAGAAAGAUGGAGAGGCUCAUAAGAUCUAAAGUGGGCAUCUGCACUGAACGAAGCUCUUGCUUUGGAAGUACUCAUGAGAAAUAAAUGUAAAUGACUAUGCAUAACUCCUAAUAAGAGUUGUUUCUGUAUAGGGUUUUAUGGCACUUGGUGGUACUUGCCUUCUCUCUUUAGUUGGUAAUGGCCUUGUGCUAUAUUGUGGAACUCAAUUCCAGGAGUUGUUUGUGGUUUUCCUUUGAUUUGUACUCAUGAGAAAUAAAUGUAAAUGACUAUGCAUAACUCCUAAUAAGAGUUGUUUCUGUAUAGGGUUUUAUGGCA